AGGUUCAGUGGUGGUAGUGGAAGCUUGCUCGUCGUGAGACAGAGAGGGGGGAAGGGGGGGGGAGUAGUGGGAAAGGUGGACCCAUGCAAGGACUUGUUACUUGUCUGCAAGCCCCGGGCAAACCCCCUCCGCUUCCGCUUCUGCUUCCACCUGCUUUGCCGCCAUCUGCGCCGUCUUUGACGUGUCCCCCCUCACUGCCGUUGUCAUCAUCAGUGCCACUCGACCUAUCGCUUUCAGCACCGUCCUUAUUUAGCUUCUCUUUGUCGUCGUGCUUUGACCAGCAACGUCGACCGAGUCAACGCCGGCGAUGGAUGCCCUUGGGCUUGGAGAAACACCCUCUCCCUUCCUUAUCUCACCGAUGUGAAUCCUCCCCCGUCGGAUCUGGCGGCUUUCCUCUCCUGUGGCAGGGAUUCGGAUCCCAUCAUCUGCCAGAACCGGACAAUUCGUCGUUGUCUGCUCUUCCUGCUGUGUGCUCCGUCUUGAGCGCCGCCGCCUACCCAUCAUCAGAUCGACUCCUCGUCCUUCCCCCUGUACAUCUGUCAUCCAACGGUCGCGAUCCGGUGGCCGCAGGUGCGACCGCCCCAUGGCGAACGGACACGUUGUCCGUCUCUAUCGCGACGACACUUGCGAGUUAUGCGACGGCCGUCGUCGAUCGAAGCGAUAACGAGGUGCCAGCUGGCGCAGCGGCAGCGAUUCUUGCCGUAGCAGUCAUCUGGGUAUCGACGAGGGAGAAAGACCAGGAGGGUGGGAACCCGGGCCGCGCAGGGUGUUCAUCCGAACUCCCCCACGCCGACGAGGCGGUGACGGUGGACAAGGGAGGGUCAAGGACGGGCGUUGCAAAGCGACGGGCUGCUGUGGAGAAAAGAGUGGCGGCGCAAAGCUUCAGAAAGUGCGCGGUAGAGGCGGAAAAGACCACAAAACGAACCCAACAUGGGAGCCGCGAGAGUGAGAGAGAAGCAGCUGCAGCAACAGUGAAAUCCGACGUGACGGCUGCGGACGAGGAGAAGCGCAAGCGCGAGCAGCCAGCCGCCAAGGAAGUAAGGGAUCAUCAGGGCUUGCAACAGCGGCCAGCGGAAGGCGGCGGAGCUUCCGCCAGAGAAGCGACUAGCUUAGCGGAGAGCAUUCGCCGGCAGGCGCAGCGAUUCACGACGGACGGCGCGGUGGUAGGGGCGCCGUCUUCAGCACCGGCGGGCGACAGGGAGCACCAGGACAUUCCCGCCAAGGCGAUAUUCGGGACCGAGGGGGUUGCGGACGGCGGGGGCACGAUCUGCGCGCCAGUCGCGGGGAAGCUUACGGUAGUUUUGGGGACUGGAAGCGAUCGACUGGGAGCGAUGAAGGGUGUGCCGCGCGGGGAGGUAACAAUCGUCGCCGCUGCUGAGGAAAGCGACAUCAAAUGUUCGGGGGGAGGGAUCGGCGGCGGAGGGGCGGGGGAGUCGGAAGCCAGGGACGAUGGCACUUGCGCGCUACGCGCGGCGGAAGAUUCUGCGAAGAACAACGUGGAGAGCGGCAAAAGUUUAAGUUCGAUGACGUUAGAGCAGCGGGAGAGAAGCAAUGCUGUCAGGGGAGGAAAGGAGCGGGAGCCCGGAGGGGGACGGCUUUGGGCGGAAGGAUGGGCGGGAGAGGGAGAGACACGUGGCGGCAGCAGGAGGAAGGAGCAGCUGGCGGUACAGUCUCCCCCUCCCCCCGUUGUCCGCGUCCUUCAGUGGAACACUUUAGCGGACGGCCUGGCGCAGACCGGCGAUUUCGUGAAGGCACCUCUAGCGGCCUUGGAGUGGGCGGGGAGGGCUCCUCUCCUCCUCGGGGAGAUCUUGAGAGCCGAUGCUGAUUUCAUUUGUCUUCAGGAAGUUAACCAUUUCCACGACUUCUUCGCGCCUAAGUUGAAGGAUCGAUCUGACGCAUACGCUGGCUUCUUUCAUCCGAAGAUGGCCUCCCCUGCCCGUCGAUUUGGCUUCGAUUGCGACGGGUGCGCUAUGUUCUAUCGCUGCCGGCGAUUUCGCUGCCUCGAAGAGAGAGCCAUGAAUUACGUGGACAGCUCGACUGCCAGGUGUCUUAACCAGGGCUUGCAGCUUUGCGUCUUCGAAGAGCGAUCGUCAGGACACCGGCUUAUUGUGGCCAACACGCAUCUGAAGGCGGGGGAGGAGUACGAGACGUUGAGAGUCUCUCAGGCGGAGCAGAUGCUGCGCGCGCUCGAGCAGAUCGCAGGUCGGUAUCCCGACGCGCCGGUCGUGAUAUGCGGGGAUUUCAAUGCUCCGCCGGAGUCCCAGGUGUGCGCAAGAAUGCGCUCCCACUUGAUGGGAUUGCGCAGCGCGUACGCCGGUUACAUUGGAGACUGCGCAGGGUGCCACGUGUCGGCGCCGGCGAGUGCAGAUGGUGGUCCCCACCAUUGUAGUGACGGCGCUCCCGCGUCAUCAUCUGCUUGUGGCGGGGAAGACACAAGAGAUGCAGAUGCUGGUGGUGGUUGUCUGGAGUUUCUUUGUGUGUGUACGGUGGCCGGCGAUGGAGGCGACGCUAAGGACGAACCUCCUUUCACCACGUGGAAGUUCCGAUCACGAGGAGAGAAAAGAGCCACCAUUGAUUACAUAUGGUAUGCUGAUGAGUGUGGAAGAGCUCGUUCGAUUCGUGGGGAGGAGGAGGAAGGAUGCAGGGGAUCUGGUCUGCAUCACGGAAGGGGGAUGGAGAAUAGGAGUAGGAGAGAGAGACGGUCCGUUUUUCGGCCUCGGCAGCGAUGGCGGCUGCCUGAUGAGACGGUCAUUGGAGUAGAUGCUUUGCCUUCUUCUUCUUUCCCGUCCGAUCAUCUGCCGUUGAUGUGUGAAUUCGCAUGGAUGUCAACAGGUAUUGAUGACGCACCUCUCCGCUUGACACGUGUCAAUGGCAAGGGCUCACUGGCCCGGCAGAGGACGGGGGAAAGAAGCGCAGCCGAGGACGACGAGGGGGUACGAUGCUACCAAACCCUGACAUUGACAAUGUUACCGACAAGCGGAGAUGCUGUCCCCGCUCGAUCAUCGCUCAUUGCGGGAUCUCCGCAGGGGACGCCCGAUCCUCGCCAAAGCGUGGAUCGAUCUCCAUGUGCAGCGCGGGGGUUGUUGGGCGUUUCACCGCACAGCCGUGGUCCAGAGGUCCGGUUGGGGAAAAGUCGCCGCGGUACCGUUUCCCAUGCGAUUGACAGCGUCGUUGCCCCGGGCAUGACACCCAUUUCGCCUUUCGCUGGUGUGUUGGGGGCUUCUCCGCCGGGUGUGGCCGGGGUUCGAGACGCGACCGCGUAUGGAGGUGUGUAUGGUGGUCCGUUGCUACCAUCCCCACUGCUGCCCAGACGGCUGGACUAUGUGGCCACAAUUCCUUUAGCACCUGUAUGGUCACAUGCGGUGGCCCCGCCGUGUCCCGCUGGAGGCGGUUCUCUUUCAGGAGAUCGCAGCGACGCAUGGCGUUGUCCAACCGUUUCACGUCCACGAGUCGUCGGCGCGGCGGCGGGUUCGUUUGCGGUGCCUCCUCAGGCUCCCUUUGUCGCUCCAAAUUUCACACCUCCGUUUGACGAUAUGGAUAGCUCUGCGGCAGUCGGCGGCAUGCCGUGUUCGGGCGACAACAGCAUCGUGCGAGUGUGUGUGCGGGAAGCGUGUUGGAGACGGUUGUACGCUCUCCGCGACGCUAUGGCCAAUGUGGGUGACCAACGCGGACCGAUCAGCGACGUUAUUGAUCGGCUGCUCCACUGAUCCUUGCCAGCCAUCCAUGCGGAGUUUGGUGACGAUGCAGCAGAUGUGAUUUCUUCUUCGUUGCCAUCUCGGGUGUGCGGUCGAGA